GAGUACUCGUCAGUACUGUUCAGACCUCUUAUUUCAUUUGACGGAAUCGUGUCGAGUGGAUAUUCAUAAUAAAUUCACUGACGUGGGCUUCUAUGUGUUGAAUUUACAUACAUACUUAUAUUGUGCUUAAGAAACAAAAAUCAGAUGUUAGAUAUUCUAAGUGAUUUGAAAAUAAAUAUUUCAUCUUUAAAUCAAUCGACCUCAAAUAACAAACAUUUUAUUGAUAUGUUUUAAAACUCAAAAUAUUUGCAUGUAGUCAAGUAAUCAAAAUUAACGUUUUGACCUUUCUAUGGACCUGUAAAAAAAUCACUUCGCAUGUCAUCCCACGGUUUUGCAAAUACAUCAAUAAUUGAAAAAAGGGCCUGUAGAGAACUACAUAUUAGUAGGGAUACAAAUUUUGCAACAGAAUUAAAUGAAGAAGAUUUGGUUAUGAGUUUAUCUUCAAAGGACAUACUGAUUCCUACCGCCAUUAAUCAGCAACAUCAAGUGGAUACUUCUAUUAAAUUAAAUACAAACGAAACAUCGACACACAACACCGUAACAACAGCAGCCGCGGUAGCGGUUGCUCAUCAUCACCACAAUCUUUCAAAUAUUCACCACCUUCAAAGUCUGCAUAGUCAGCAUCAGAGUACCUUAUUUAAUAGUAAUCAUUCAACACCUUUUAGCGUGACCGAUAUCUUAAGUCCGAUUGAAGAAUCGUAUCGCAAACUGGAACUAAACGGAAACCCGCCAUCUCCGUUUCGGUCCAACUCCAGUGGCAGCAGUAUAAAUUCACCUGGAACAUUGCCUACUUCAACUAUGGCCAAUCCUUAUGCUAUGGGAUCUUUAUAUCAUAGCCCAGGAGUUCAAAGCUACUGCGGACCUACUGAUAACCUAUCUCUUGCUGGUCACUACACUGAUAUGAGAAGCUCUGCCUCAUGGUAUGGAUCAACUGCAAACGAUCCAAGAUUUGCCAUAUCACGUCUCAUGAGUUCGUCAGCCAGUGGGUCGAUGAGCCAUAUGGGAAAUAUGGGUGGACUAGCAGCUUGCAGCGUAAGCGAUACAAAACCGCUACAGUUUCCCUUGGCCCAAAGAAGAAAGCGGAGAGUUUUAUUUACGCAAGCUCAGGUAUAUGAACUUGAAAGGAGAUUUAAGCAGCAGAGAUAUCUAUCAGCACCGGAACGGGAACACUUGGCCAGUCUAAUUCAUUUAACCCCAACUCAGGUGAAGAUUUGGUUCCAGAAUCAUAGAUAUAAAUGUAAACGGCAAGCAAAAGAAAAGGCAAUGGCUGAGCAAAAUCAACAUAAUCAGACUGCAAGUUCACCAAGACGCGUUGCCGUUCCUGUACUUGUUAAGGACGGUAAACCCUGCUCUGGAAAUAAUAAUUCAGCUCAAUCGCAACCGCAUGGAAAUGGUACCACAACAGCAGGCAAUAAUACUGGUGCUUCUAAUAGUGGAAAUACCCAUAGUGGAGGAGUUUCGGUAACUGCCAAUGUUUCGAGUGGUCUGAACCUUAUAACAGGAGAUGCUCCAAACUCACACUCGCCAGAUACAUCGUCUUCUUUACUCGCUAGUUAUGGGACUGUUGGAGGUUCCAACGUUGCUAUGCUACAGCAACCCUGCAAUAAUACUUUGAUGUCGAACAGCUUAGCAAUGGCAUAUAGAAAUCAAAACAAUUUUAUUUCUAAUGGACAUCAGCAGCAAUGUGGCGGAUAUUUGCCGUUACAAGGGCGAGCAUGGUAAAAUGUAUUAAAAGCAUGCGUUUCAUUUAACAAAGUGUACUCUAUUCGGCUAAAUAUGUAAGAAAUAAUUUUAAAAAAUUGUAAGGUAAUGUUAUAUUGGAUAUCAGUUUCAUUAAAUGAAAUAUACAUAUUUAUAGCAUAA